CUCCAGCGCGCGCCCCGCGCCCGGGACUAGGCUGGAGUCGCGCGUGCCGCUCGCAGAGAAGCAGCUGGGAGUCCAGAACCGUGGCCGCAGCGCACAGCUGGCAGAGAGUCUCUCCUGGCCACGCACUUGCUUCCUCUGGGGCCUCCAGGAGUCUCUUGGCGCUCACUUUGCCAGCCCGGCCCCAGCAGGCGCCACCGGCCUUGGCCUGGGCUGCAUUUGCCGCUACUCGCUGUGUCCGGGACAGAGGGACGCCCGCCCCGUCACGUGUGUCCAAGUCCUCCGCCAGCCGGGGCAGCGUGGUUCCCAUGGUUCAAGGCUGUUGAUGGAGAAGUGGGCGGAUGACAGCCGGGACUGUGGUCAUCACUGGGGGCAUCUUGGCAACUGUGAUUCUGCUCUGUAUCAUCGCUGUUCUGUGCUACUGUCGGCUUCAGUAUUACUGCUGCAAGAAGGACGAAUCCGAGGAGGACGAGGAGGAACCCGACUUCGCUGUGCAUUCCCACCUGCCGCCCCUGCAUUCCAACCGCAACCUUGUGUUGACCAACGGGCCUGCUCUCUACCCGGCCGCCACCACCUCUUUCAGCCAAAAGUCCCCGCAGGCCCGUGCCCUCUGCCGCAGCUGCUCCCACUACGAGCCGCCCACCUUCUUCCUGCAGGAGCCAGAGGACGAAGACUUUGAAGGGGUGCGCAACGGCGGGGGGCGUGUGGCCUACAAAAGCAUCAGCCAGGAAGAUGUGGAGCUGCCCUCUGCAAGCUUCGGAGGUCUGCAGGCGCUCAACCCCAACCGCCUCUCUGCCAUGCGGGAGGCCUUUUCCCGAAGCCGUAGCGUAAGCACUGACGUGUGACAGGCCUCUAUCCUGCCAAGGCACCCAGCGCUGGGUCCUGAGGUCAUGACAGGAUACCCACGGCACACCCUGGCCCCAUCUCCAGACCUCUGCUCAGUCAGUCUUCCCCGUAUCCUUGUCCUAGGGGCUCCCAAAAUGAGGAGCCCCUGGGCUCUCUACAAGGAUAAAGCCCAAUGAUCCAGAUGUGGCUGCUGUGAGUAGGGACAGCUGGCACAAGAAGGGCAGCAGGGGACAGGAGGGUAAGGUAAGGCUGUGUUGGGGCCCAGGGGCCAGGUUCUAUCUCCAGGAAGUGAGAAGAUGAAUAAUGUCAACCCUAGCAACUUGCCUGUCUCUGGCUUCAUGGUCCUCCCUGUCCAUUCCUUCCUUGCCAGGCCUUGGGCUUCCUCCUGCUUAAGGGAGCAGUGGCCUCGCUGGUUGCCCAUGGCCCUACAAGCAUGAACCUUCCCUAGAGACUAUGGACCAAAUAAAUAUUCUGUCCCUUCACCCUGUCUCCCCUUUCCCAUCCUUCUCUCCAUCUCUCUUCACUCCUUCCCCCAGCCUCUCUGUCUCACGCUCCUGAACCUAGACGCCAAGCGUCUGACACAAGCUUGAGAUGCCCGUUGCUCUGGCCUCCCCCAAGACGGACAAAUCCCCCUGUAAGCAGGGAGAGUUUAGGAGUUACCAGUGUGGACACUUGCUCUGCCACAUCUGCUUUUUGCUGAAAGAAGAGGCAUAGGCACAGAAGCCCCUGCUCUGGGAGGGGUGACACUAAAAUUUACACAUCCGGCACUUAGCCCUAAACCCAGACAAGGGGGAGACAUAUCCAGCUAGGUUGGGGAAGCACUAGAGGUGGCCCAGCUAUGCACUAGAGGUCUCGGUAUCGACUUGCUGUGACUCUUGGGCUUGCUCCCCGUGCAUGUACUUUGGGGGGGAUGGGGAGACUGGCUGCAGAAAGCCUUUUGAACCCUGGUCCUCAGUUGGUACUGAGGUCCUUAGGGGAAGCUGAGCUAUAGACCACCCACUUCCUGUUUCAUGCUCAGAAUGAGGCACCCCGGUCCAGCCAGCCAGAGCUUGCUGCCCCUGUCUGGAAGUCCUGUCUCUACCUAUGCUGCUCCAAGCCUUCAACUGUCUGAGAAAUCCAUGUCAGGUGACUGAGAUGCUCCAAGCCAGGGCCCUAGCCAUCAGGAAUGCAGUUCUCCCGCUCUGAAAAGAGACACCAUUCUUGGCAGCAUAGCCUCGGUUUCCUUUCUGCUCAGGCCCUGCUGUGGAGCUCCAGACAGGAGCAAGUGUCCUCGUGAAGGUGCCUUCCUGUAGGACAGUGGCCACCCCUGAGCCAGACACCACAGCAGAGACCUCCACACUUAUUACAGGCAGCUGAACCACGCCAGUGAGGAUCUGCUGUCUUUGGCAUUCUGAAUUCCUUCUCCUUUUCUUUUUCCUGCCUCAGUUUGGUCUUGCUAGUGGAAUCCACCCUUAGAAUCACAGACAGUCCCAGCCUACCUUUCCCCCCUCUGUGUCCUUUGUCCCAUUCCAUCCUGUGUCAUCUGUCCUUGCUUGGGUUAUGGGUGAAGUAGGGAGGGGUGCUCUGGGCUGUUCUGUCUUUGCCUAUCCCGCCCCCCCCUUUUUUUUUUUACCUCCACCAUCUCUGUAUAGAUCCAUAGACAUCUUCAAAGUAAAUUAAGCAUCUGUCCCUACCACUCAACACCACCAUGGGACUUGCCAGGGACCCACACAGCACCCUGAAAAAAACAAAAGCCAAUAAAUUUGUUUCCCACAGCAUGGUGCAUGGCUGCUUGUCCAUCCAUCCACUGGGCACCUUCAGGUACAGACCCUCCCUGGAAGCAGAUGGAGUCCACC